GUGAGGUUCACUCAAAAAAUUUGCUGUUAUUUUAAGAAUCUUCUGGCUUUUUGAGCUAGGAAUUCUUUUAACAGCUCAAAAUGAGAGCGAAGUGGCGUAAGAAGCGUAUGCGAAGGCUAAAGCGAAAGCGCAGGAAGAUGCGUGCGAGGUCUAAGUAGACUUCAUCUUCCACAACCUUGCGAGCUACAGGUGGCAAACUAGGACGUGGAUUACAUUUAAUACAUACACAAAAAAUAUUGUCACUUGGUUAUUCAUGUUUUAAUCAUUGACUACAAAAAAAAUAAAAAAUUUAAUUAAA